AUGAUUAAAAAGGCUUCUGUCGAGAACACCUUUUUAACUGUUAACCCACAUUCUGAUGCAGCCACGACUCAAAUCGCGACACUUCCCAUGAACAUCAACGAAAAUGUUAACUUUGAAGGAUUCUACUGGGAGCUGAUAACCUCUUGGAAAAACGACGGAGCCGGCGACGGCAAAUUCACUGCGUCGUAUACCAGUGAACUCAAGGUCACCAAAGGCAGCGAGAACACCCUGAACGCGAGCAUGGGGAUGUUGUUCGAAGGCCUGAGUGUCGGUAUCGACGCAUCCUCCAAGACGUUCCAACAGACAGAAACGACGACAAGCGAGACGCACACCGUGGAGCUUGCUUACGGUCCCGGCGCAGACGACCGUUCACCUUUAUCAAAAGGUCUACUAGUUCAGGACGAAUAUUUGGUUCAUGAAUGA